CUGUUCAACGAUAAUAAUGAUGAGCUAGUAUAAAAUGUCAGCACUCGUAUCAAUGUGAAUAACAUUUUGUAGCGAAAUAACAUGCUGCAGUUUGCCGUAAUCACUAUUGGUACUUGAACAUAUUAAUAUGCCGUGGUGUUGAUAACAGUAAGAGGUGUAAAAUACUUUUUACACGUUCACGAUUCGAAUUUAUAUUUACGUAUUUGCCAUUGAUCAAUAAAAUCCCAUUCAUUAUAUCACAUUUUGUUGAUGUUCUAUUAUCAAUGCCUGACGUAAAAGAAAUCCAAGCACAAGACUCCACACGAAAAUAUGGCCCGAAGGCGACGUUGGCACAAUGUUUGGCCACAAUAGCGCAGAGUUUUCUGUUCAUCGGGUUGGGCAUGAACCUAUCGAUAUCUGCGAUAGUCAUUCGCGACUUGUAUCGGAAUCCAAAUAGUGAAUUCUCAAUAACGAUCACCGAGGCCUCGUGGUACGGAAGCUUGUUGUUCAUAAUCCACCCGGUCGGAUGUUUACUGUCGGGGAUCCUGCAAGAUAAGUUCGGAAAGAAACGCUGUAUGAUACUCGCAAACGUGCCCAGUAUCUUCGGAUGGGUGCUGCUGUACUCGGCACACUCGUCGGUGUUACUUUGCGCGUCGACCUUACUGAUGGGGUUCAGCACGGGAUUCGGUGCCGGAUCCACAUCGUCGUACGUCGGAGAGAUAUCAGAACCCAGGCUCAGAGGAUCUCUGGGUUCGCUGGGAAGCACGGCCAUGAGAAUAGGCACAUUGCUCAUGUACAUCUUGGGACUGUUUUUCGACUGGAGGACCGUGGCACUGUUCAGCACGUUCUGUCCCAUUAUGUGCAUAUGUUUCGUAAUUUUCAUCCCGGAGUCACCCAUUUGGUUGAUCGCCAAAGGUCGAAAUGAUAAGGCCAAAAAGGCCAUGUGUUGGUUGAGGGGAUGGGUGGAACCUGAAAAAAUUAACCCAGAAUUUCUCGAACUGGUUCAUUACAAUCAAGUAUCUGGAACACAAGGUGGCAAAAUUGAUACAGACGAUAAUAAUAAGAAGUUUCUUUCGAACUUAGCCCAGUUCAAAAACCCGGCAGUCUAUAGACCACUGAGAUUGAUGCUGAUUAUUUUCUUCGUAUCUUUCGUAGUCAGCAUUUUCCCUACCAGACCAUUUAUCACCAAAAUAAUGAAAGAAGUUGGUUUAUUCGAUAACCAAAACGAAUCGUUGGUCCUCCUGACAGGCUUGACGAGCAUCGGGUGCAUCAUAGCGACUGUGACUGUUCAUCGGACUGGGAAAAGAUUAUUGACUCUAUUAACGUUAUCGAUAAACACUGUUUUAUUGUUAUCUUUUGGUGCAUACAUUAUUUCAGUGAAGGCAGAAUAUUUUUCAUAUUCUCCUUUGAUUUCCUUGACAUUUCUGUGCGGCAUUUACUUUAUCGGCUCAUGUGGAAUUUCGUGCAUUCCCUGGAUGAUACUCAUUGAAGUUUUUCCCAACAAAAGCCGAGGAGUUGCUACAUCUGCAUCGUCGGGAUUGGCCUAUAUUAUAUUAUUCACACUAACAAAAUCAUACUUAAUAGUUGAAAUGUAUUUAAGUCUGGAGUACACUAUGAUUCUCUUUGGUUGUGUUGGCGUUUUUGGUUUGAUCUAUUUCUAUUUUUAUUUCCCGGAAACUGAAAAUAAAACAUUAUUAGAAAUUGAAGAAUUUUUUGUAUCGACUAAAAACGGCUAAACUAAAUUAUUAUGAUUACUUUUUUUUUUUUUAUUAAUUUUGAUUAAUUCAAAUUUUUUUAAUUCAUUGUUUUUAAUGUAUUAAAUUCUAAAAAGUUGCUACCCACAUAGGUUGGUUUUCACGUACAACGUGACAAAAUUUUCUUUCGGCAGAACCAAUUAUGUUUAUGUGUUAUUAGUUUUAAUGAGUGAUAGAGCUACAAUCAAACUUAAAGAUGAGCUCAUUAAUCAAACUAAAACAUUGGUAUUUUCUACUAUAUUUAAUUUUUAAGUAAGAAAUGAGUAUGUAAAAUAUUACAAUAUUUAAAAAUCCUCGUAACACGUUUAAAAAUGAAAAUAUCGUUAACAAUCCAACCAAUAAAAACAGAUAAUAUCCUUAUCCUGUAAUUAUAUAUGAUAAGUUAUAUACACACUCUAAUAGUUUUAUCUAAUAUUAAAGCUAACAACACGAAAUUGGUUUGUAUAAUAUGUUAUACGUUUAAAAUAUAUAUAUAGUAAACAUAGUGUCGCAUCCUUCAAACUUAUAUAUGUUCCGACAAUAUAAAAUAUUAGGUAUAUAUUAGGUUCAAUUGCCUAUAUACGGUUUAAUAACAUUUUCAGUUAUGAUAUUAUUUUAUGUAAAUAUAUUAAAUUUAAGUUAAUUUAGUAUUUUAAUAAUAGUAUAUAGAAAAAUCGCUAAAUGUUGUAUCUACAUGUAUUAUGUACCUAUAUAAUUUGUUGGUGAAAUGUAAAAUUGAUUGUAGAUUUUUUUAUUGUUUUGUAAAUUUUUUUAUUUAAAUAAAUUAAUUUUGGAAUGUUUUUUUA